AUGAUGCUCGAAGUAUUAUCACUCAUCAAGGAUGUACCAGAUUUCAAAAUAAAACCCAUUAGCAAGUACAAUAUCCCGCAGCAGAAACAGUAUCAAUAUUUUCCUUCAUUUAAACAGUUGCUUAUCCAUCUUUUCAAAAAGGGUAAUAACGAAACAGACUGCAAUCACCCAAUACUUGUAAUACUAAAACCAGAUGAACAUCAAAAACAACAAAAUAUACACCAAACUGGGUUUCGACUGCAACAACAAAAAAAGACUUUAGAAUCUUUAAGAUUUAGGGACAAGAAGAUUUUACUAAAUUACUUUUUCAGUCAUCAUAAUUUGCUAAUUACGGAUCAUGUUGAAAAAGUAUCACAUAUAGAAAAGAAGAUCAAUACAAUUUUGCAUACAGUACAUCAUAGAAUAUCAAGAAUCGGAACUUGGACAGGUACAAUAACAAGACUAGUAAGGAGACUGCAAAGAAAAGAAGAAGAAGAAGAAGAAGAAGAAGAAGGAGAAGAUUAUUAUUACUAUUAUUAUGAUGAUGACAAUAGUGAUGAAUUGGAUGAUUACAACAAGGAACAAUAUAACACUAGAGUACCAACAAUGAUCACAAUAUUGAACAAAACAGUUAGCAGACCCUCGGGGUCUGUUCAGAAAUUGAUUGGAUUGAAGAAUCUCCUAAUUUCGGAGAUCGACUUUAUCGAUUUGUUGUCGAAUACUUGUCAAAAACGUAUACCUUAUUUAACUUCAAUUGUCAAGGACUGGUCAUUCCCAGCACACGAGUUAAGUAAUGAUGAAUUGAUAUAUUGUGUUUAUAUAAUGUUUACAACAGCUUUAAAGGAAAUCCAACAGCCACACUGGGGGACAAAGAAGAAAAAGAGGAAAACCGAUUUGAAAUUUCAUAUACCAACGAAAAAUGAACUUUUGGCUUUGAUUUUUCAUGUAAGGGAUAGUUACCAUAGUGAUAACCCGUUUCAUAACUUUCGUCAUGCCGUGGAUGUAUUACAAGCGUGUUUUUAUUUUUGUAUUAAAUUAGGUCAUUUUAAGGAAAAGCAGGAGGAGCAGCAAGAACAAGAGGCACAGCAAGAACAGGAGGAACAGCAAGAAAAUAAAGAAGAGAACCUGUCUCUCAUGGAAAACCCACCACUACUAAAUCCUAUACAAUGUUUUGCAUUACUAGUUGCUGCGUUGGGACACGAUGUUUCCCAUCCUGGCACCACUAAUGCGUUUUUGAUUGAUAAUAAAGCCCCAAUCUCACUCAUUUAUAACGAGCGCUCAGUUUUAGAAUCAUACCAUGCGUCAAUUUUCAUCAACAAGAUCCUAGUCAUCUUUUGGCCUAGUUUAUUGGAAACCAAAAUUAGCGGGGAUUCAAAAUUAAGUAUCCGGGAUAUAAUAACAGUAUCAAUUAUAGCCACCGAUAUGUCUAAUCACUUUGAAUAUUUGGAAGAUUUGAAGCAAUUGACUGAAGAAUGCAAUAACAACGGUUUCAACAAAAACGGUUUCAAUCAAGAGUUCAGCCAAUAUCAAGAUAGUAAGAUUAAAUUGAUAUGUGCUCUGCUUAUAAAAUCUGCCGAUAUUUCCAAUGUUACUCGUCCAUUGGAAAUCUCUUCACAAUGGGCAGUAGUGCUACAACGAGAAUUUGACGAAAUUAAAAAGCUUGAGAAAAUGUUAGAGAAGAGGGAGAAGAGAGAGUGCCAUUUUCAAAAUGAAAUAGGUGAUGAUGACGAGGAUGAUAGUGAUGAUGAAGCUAGUGCAUUAGAUUUUUUCAAACAAAAAGAAAUUAUAUAUGAAGCAGUUCCUAGAGAGUUGGACAAAAUCUUAUUAAACAAUCCCAUGAUUCCGCAAGGUCAAUUGUUUUUUAUUGGUACAUUUGCUGAGAAUUUGUUCAAUAGUAUUAGUCAAUUGUAUCCCAAUCUAAGUUUUGCUUGUGAGAUAAUGAAUGAGAAUAAGAAAUAUUGGGAGCAGAAUAAAUAG